UUCACAGCAAAACCAUUUCAUACCACAUCUACAUCGCGGUCGUUAUUGUUUAACAGUUCUCAAAUUUGACACAUUGACGGAAGGGAAUCCUUAGCUAUGGAGCUUAAAUUAAUAUCAAUAUUGGUAGUAGUACUCUUAGUAUCGGAAGUCCAUUGUUAUGCAAUUGUAGGUGGAUGCGCUGGUACAAGAUACGGCUGUUGUCCAGACGGAGAAACCAGCGCUCUCGGAGAUGACAAUGAGGGUUGCGAAAUUCCUGUAAUUGGUGGAUGUGCAGGUACAAGAUACGGCUGUUGUCCAGAUGGAGAGACUAGCGCUCUUGGAGAAGACAGCGAGGGUUGUGACGAUGUUCCUUUGGUUGGUGGAUGUGCUGGUACAAGAUACGGCUGUUGUCCUGACGGAGAGACUAGCGCUCUUGGAGAAGGCAGCGAGGGUUGUGACGAUGUUCCUUUGGUUGGUGGAUGUGCUGGUACAAGAUACGGCUGUUGUCCUGACGGAGAGACUAGCGCUCUUGGAGAAGGCAGCGAGGGUUGUGACGAUGUUCCUUUGGUUGGUGGAUGUGCUGGUACAAGAUACGGUUGUUGUCCAGAUGGAGAGACUAGCGCUCUCGGAGAUGACAAUGAGGGUUGCAAAAUUCCUGUAAUUGGUGGAUGUGCUGGUACAAGAUACGGCUGUUGUCCUGACGGAGAGACUAGCGCUCUUGGAGAAGGCAGCGAGGGUUGUGACGAUGUUCCUUUGGUUGGUGGAUGUGCUGGUACAAGAUACGGCUGUUGUCCUGACGGAGAAAGUUAUGCUCAAGGUGAUGAAUACGAAGGAUGCAUCGAGAACCAAUCUUUAGAUAAGUAAGAUAGACGCUGUGCUAGAAGAACGAAGCUAGAGACGGGGUGAGGGUUUUAUGGAAUCUCAUAUGGUAAAAAAAAAAAUUAUAAAUAAACAGUUUAUUAUAUUUUUAACAAUACGUUCUGUACAUUAAACAUUUAUUCUUUGAUAUUAUUUUUUUCCUAAAUAAACCGUAUGGUUUGGAAUUUAA